CAUGACCUGCAGAAAAAGUCAGUCAGUCAACCCUCAAAAUUUCCUGGAAAUUAAUUUUCCACACUGUUUCUCCUCUAUCUCUCUAUUGCCUAUGCAAUAUAUAAAUGAUGCAUUCAUUCAUUCAAUCAUUCACAACCUUCAUAAUCCCCAAGUGUAAAGCAACCAAUUAACUCCAUCAAAGGAUAUGACCAUGGCCACUACUUAUGCCAUCCACCGGCAAACCACCGGUUUCCCCUCGUCCUCAUCGUCGUCUUCCCCUCCUCCUCAACCCGGCUUGCAGAACCCGAAGGAAAAGGACCACCAACCACCCAUCACAUUCCACGUCACAAUCCCUUUCAGCCUCCCAGUCUCUCCAGAAUCAGCCGCGAGCAGGAUCAUCAGGAACAUGGGGAAGUUCGGGUUGUACUACUUUGAAUUCGUGUGGAUCGUAUUGUUUGUUGCCCUUGUCCCGCAACGCAAGGUCUCGGCCAUCAUCAUGGCGGCAACCAAAGAGGCUGCAAUCGUGUACCUUCUUCUCCUGCGUGGAGUCCCUGCGAGUCUUGUUCUGGCCCGCAAGAUUCUUGACCGGAAGCUGCUGGUUUUGGGACUGCUAGGUGUGGGUACUGGGGCGGCGCUCGUGGCCAUGCAUUCCGGCCUUCAUCUGCUCAUCACUCUCGCCGCGACUCUCCCUCUCGUCUUAGCUCAUGCCGGGCUCUGGUCUGGUUGGGGAGCGGUUGAUCCAUUGUUGGAGAAUGAUGAUAAUCACCAAUAUGCUCCACUUGUUUAAGCUACCUAUACGCCAAAAAUAUUCGGGGACACUAAGAAUUUGACACGACUGUAACACUACGCUUCUUACAGGCAUGCACAAACAAUAAGUGCGUGUAAACAUUUAUUGUUUGUGUAUGUCUCUAAUAAGUUUGGUGUCAAAAUUUUGGUGUCCUUGUGGCCUAUUCAUACCCAUGCAACUUCUUGUAGUAAAUGGACUUUUUCCUU